UACCGCGGUGACCGAUGGGGUUUGUAGUCACAUAGGAAUUGUCAGCCUACCAAAAGAAACUACUCAUCCCAGGGGUCCCUGCGACAGAGGCGGGUUUCCCCUCCUGUCUUCAUGCGCACCCCUUAAUCCGCCCUCGGACUUCAACUCCCGCCGUGCCUUGCGCCGAGAUCCCUGCGGGGAAAGAAUGGGGCUGUAUCCAAAGUGUUCCCUGGGAGUUGUAGUUCCUAUGUUGGUGAGGCGAGGAGGAGGCGGAGUGACUCGGCGGCCAUUAGCUGUGUGUAGUUGCCUGGGACUGGGAGCAUAAGUGAAGAGGGAAGCCUUAUUCGGUGGAAAUCAACUGUGGCCAUGGGCUCCUGCCGGGGCUAGUCCUAGAAUACGGAGCAGGCGGGCUUUUCGGUUCUCCGCCCCGCCCCGUGGCGGGGCCUACUAGGCCUCCGGGCAUCCCCGGUCUCACGUAGGCCUAGUCUGCCGGCAAGGGCGCUCCAAAGGCGGGAGGCGCCAUGUCGCUGGUUGCUUACGCCAGCAGCGAUGAGAGUGAGCCAGACGAGGCUGAGCCCGAGCCGGAGGAAGAGGAGGCGGCGGCUCCUGCGUCUGGGCCCACUUUAGGGGGCUUGUUCGCUUCGCUCCCUCUUCCCAAGCCAAAGAAGAGGACGGAGCCGGUGAAGAUCGCGGCGCCGGAGCUGCAGAAGGGGGAUUCAGAUUCUGAGGAAGAUGAACCCACCAAGAAGAAAAUUGUCCUUCAGGGAUCCAGCGAGGGGACUGGUCUGUCUGCCUUGCUUCCCCAGCCUAAAAACCUGACUGUGAAAGAGACCAACAGGUUGCUCCUGCCCCACGCCUUCUCCCGGAAACCCUCGGACGGCUCCUCUGACACCAAGCCCUCCAGACUGGCUGCAAAGGCCAAGCCUUCCUCUCUUGCUCCUGUCGUGGGCACCACAACCACCACUCCGUCACCCUCUGCCAUCAAGGCUGCUGCCAAGAGUGCUGCCCUACAGGUGACAAAGCAGAUCACGCAAGAGGAAGAUGACAGUGACGAGGAAGUGGCCCCCGAGAACUUUUUCUCCCUCCCUGACAAGGCCGAGCCACCUGGAGUUGAGCCAUACCCUUACCCUGUCCCCACGAUCCCCGAAGAGCUGCCUCCAGGCACGGAACCAGAGCCGGCUUUCCAGGACGAUGCAGCCAAUGCCCCCCUUGAGUUCAAGAUGGCAGCAGGCUCAAGUGGGGCCCCUUGGAUGCCUAAGCCUGGGGACGACUACAGCUACAAUCAGUUUUCCACAUAUGGCGAUGCCAAUGCUGCUGGUGCUUAUUAUCAGGACUAUUACAGUGGUGGCUACUAUCCUGCACAGGACCCAGCUCUGGUCCCCUCCCAGGAAAUUGCCCCAGAUGCCUCCUUCAUCGAUGACGAAGCAUUUAAACGGCUGCAGGGCAAGAGGAACCGAGGGAGGGAGGAAAUCAACUUUGUAGAGAUCAAAGGUGAUGACCAGCUCAGUGGGGCCCAGCAGUGGAUGACCAAGUCAUUGACAGAAGAGAAAACCAUGAAGUCAUUCAGCAAAAAGAAAGGCGAGCAGCCAACAGGCCAGCAGCGGCGGAAACACCAGAUCACGUAUCUGAUUCAUCAGGCUAAGGAGCGGGAGCUGGAACUGAAGAACACCUGGUCAGAGAACAAGCUCAGCCGCCGGCAGACCCAAGCCAAAUACGGAUUCUAGGGCUUUGGAACUGAUGCUCCCAGGAUCUCCUGCCAGCCUGGUUGGCCCAGCCCCCAGCUUCACCUCUGGGACCCCAGCUGCUCUAAGCCCAGGAUGUCUUUCCCUGAGGACCCAGCCCUCGCCUCUGCGAGAAUGAACAUAUUUGAUAGAUUUUUCUUAACAAGUUAGAAAAUUGAGCUCCUGUCCGUGUUGGAGCUAGCAGACUGAGUGAUGCCGCUGGAGGGGCUCCGAGUUCUCGGGUGGGAGUCUUGCUCCCUGUCAGGUGUGAUGAAAUGUUGAACUCUCCCCUACCUUUUUUUUUUUUUUUUUU